UUUAAAUUAGCAUUGGAGUGAAUUAAUUUUGUGAGUUACAAUGGCCCUACCCGCUAAUUACAAGCAAGUGGCGGUUCAAAUGCCCAGUCCACCAACCUCAAAUCAUUUGAUGUCGGCUGGUGCGCCCAUGACUUUCAACAUUUUAAAAGGUAACUUGCCUUUAACUACUGUACUGAUAUUCUAAUGCUCAUAAUAUUCGUAAAACUUAACUUUUAAGGAGUUAUUUUUAAUACUUGCUUAGAGCUCUACUCGCCACUAACACUAAUAUUAUAUCAACAUUGUCUUGUCUACAGUAGAUUUAACAUUUUUGAAAUUGUUAUACCAAAAUUCAUUUUAUUUAAAAGUAAACUAAAAUUAAAAACUGCCAUGUCAAAGGGUUCUUUAGGGUUAUAAGAAAUUAGUAUAUAAUGUUGGUUUGGAGUAAUACUUUCAGAUUGUAAAAUUGUGAGUUUACAGUAUUUUAAAUUGUGACCUUUGGGUCAUGUUGUGAAUAUCUUAAAUAAACUGAAAAUUAUUUUUUAAGUCAUAUUCAUUUGUGUUUGUAUAUUUCCAUUAAAAGAAAUUAUUAUAUUCACAAUCACAAUUUAGUUGAGUCAACCUUGCAGUAGCUGAUAAUAUUUACAUAAUUUUUUCUAACAUUUAGGCAUUAAGUAUAGUUCAUGCUAAUAAUAAAUAUGGAAACCACAGAGAGACUAAGAGCCUCCGGAAGUUCCAGCUCAAGUGCAAACAAGGAAACAAAUCCUUUUGUUUCAACUCCCAAUGGUAAUCCUAGUUUUGUACCUCAAAAGGCUGGAAAAACUACUGCGAAAACCGAAGCCAAAACUCCCAAACCACCUAAAGCGCCUGAAAAACCGCUGAUGCCGUACAUGAGAUACAGUCGCAAGGUGUGGGAUGCAGUGAAAGCUCAAAAUUCGGAUUUAAAGUUAUGGGAGAUUGGAAAAAUUAUUGGUCAAAUGUGGAGAGAUUUGCCAGAAGAGGAAAAACAAGAAUUUGUUGAAGAAUAUGAGCUUGAAAAGAUUGAAUAUGAGAAAUCUCUAAAAACAUAUCACAAUUCUCCAGCAUAUCAAGCUUAUAUUGCAGUGAAAAAUAAAGGAAAAUCAGUUGUCCAAGGUACUGAUGGAGAAACUCACGAGAGAGCCAGUGGAUCUUCGAAACAACAGGCUGCUGAUCGCAGAAUUGAAAUCCAGCCUGCUGAAGAUGAAGAUGAUCAAGAUGACGGGUUCUCAGUAAAACAUGUUGCCUAUGCCAGAUAUUUGCGAAACCACCGCCUGAUCAAUGAAAUUUUCUCUGAAUCGGCUGUGCCCGACGUUCGUUCCGUUGUGACAACACACCGCAUGCAAGUUUUGAAGAGGCAGGUACAGUCCUUGACAAUGCACCAAAAAAAAUUGGAAGCUGAGCUGCAGCAGAUCGAGGAAAAGUUCGAAGCUAAAAAGAGAAAAUUUGUUGAAAGCAGUGAACAAUUUCAAGAGGAAUUAAAAAAGCAUUGCAAGCCAGCUGUUGAUGAAGAGACAUUCAUGAAAUUGGUAGAAAGGCAGUAUGACGUUUUAAAGAAAGAAAGGCUAAAAAGCCAAGAUGAGAGUAAGAAAAUUGACGAGAACGGCACUUCCGACAAUUCGAAUGCCUCAUUGACAGAGAGUGGACAUAACCAGGAGACUAUGUCACAAGAAUCAAUGGACACUUCCCCAUCUGUACCAGCAGCUACUGUAGUAAAUGGUUCCGCUCAUCUCAUGGAUCAGUCUGAGAAACCUGAACAAAGUCCCCAGCAUACAGUCUCUUUUACCCCUCACGUUGCAGAACAGCACCCGUCACCUCAGCCACCCCCACCUCACACGAUAUCUAGCGAAUCUCAAGGCCAUGGUCCUGUAGGACCAAAUAUGCCCCCGCAGGUGCCACCCGCAUCUCAUACGAACCCUGGGGUUCAUACCCAUCAGCACCCACCACCUAUGGGCGGAACUCCACACCCUGGUCAUCCGGCGCACAUGCAACCAAGCGCAUCAUUACAACCCCCCCCAGCGCAAGCCCCACCCUCCCAUCAAAAUCCGAUGAUGCCACCUGCGCAAGUCCCUCAGUACCAGCAUCAGUAUCCACCAGGUACACCUCCCCAGCAGGGAGUUCCUUUGCCUCCUAGACCUCCCCAUUCCGGUUAUGCAGGCUAUCCAGCUCAGCAACAAGGUUAUCCACCACAUCCGCAGGGUUAUCCAACACAGUAUCCACCCUAUGGGCAUUAUCCCCACCAGGCAUAUGCCCAGUAUCCACAGCACAUGAACCGACCCCAUCCAUAUCCCCCUCAUGGCGCAACUCCGGAUGGGCAACCAUUAGGAAUUAAUGAACCAGGUGCCAUGUACGGCGCAGGAGGAGUGUCUGCUGAGAGCGAUAGAGGUAGCGAAGAAAGGGCUUCUGGUCCUCACGAUGAUGGUGGAAAAGCAGGUAAACGGGAAAGCGGCUCUGACAAGGAAAAGGAGGACAAGUGAGGUUCAAUAGUAGAUUAUUAAGGUCAUAAAUUAAGGUGAUGAAGCAUGUAGCAAUCAUAGAAUUUCAUAAUAUCCACAUUGUUGUCUAAAGUGUUCUCGGGCUUCUAUUUAGUUUUCUUCUUAAUAUUAUUUAGGUAGGGAUGGUGGAUUCAAUGAGGGAAUGAAUGUAUCACUUUGCAUUUAUCUAUCCUUUCGAGCAUAGAAUUAUAACCUAUAAAGUAUGUAUUUUUUAUUGAUUUAAUCAUUAAUUUGCGAAA